CCGCCUUGCUACAGAGCUCAGGAGCAAAAAACCUGAUUCACGUGGCUGAAACUUCUCUGUGAUUCAGGGAUAUUGCCCUGGCUGGUGUAAUAUCUUCCCCCUGUGUUUGUAGAGGGAACACAAAGACAUUUCAAAAUCCUGCCAACACAACUCAGAAACAAGUUGGGAAUUUUCUUUGGGCCACGAGUAACAGACGUAAAACUAUUUGCUUCCUAAAAUGGUGAUUUACCCAAUAGAUCACCAUAUAAAAUUAUAUAUGAAGAAUGAGAAUUAUGAAGUAGAAUCGUUGAAGUGUGCAGGAAAUCAAUUGGAAAAGACAGGAUAUCACCUCAAAACAGAUGAUGUAGACACCUUCCUUGGACCUUGCCUUCUCUACCUCUUAGGGGCGUUCUUUAUUACUUAUGUAUUCUGGAAGGAAUACCACGAAAAUGAGAAAAUAAAAGGAAAUGAUCAACUUAGGAAAGAAAAUGAUCAACUUAGGAAAGAAAAUGAUCAACUUAAGAAAGAAAAUGGAAACUUGCGGAAGGAAAUUGGUGAGAGGAAAGCUCAAUUUAGGAACAGCUGGCAGAAGACAUCAUUGUACCCCGACUGGAGGAAGGAAUUUUUCCAGGCUGUGAAUGUUACUCUGGAUCCAGUCACAGCUCAUCCUGCCCUCAUCUUGUCUGAAAAGAACAGACGUAUAAUCUGGGGAGAGAAGCCUCAAGAUCUACCUGAGGAUCCACAGAGAUUUUACUCCCUUCCCUGUGUGCUGGGUCAUCAAGUCAUCACUUCAGGGAGAUGCUACUGGGAAGUAGAAGUCGGGCACAGUGGAGCCUGGGACCUGGGAAUUUGUAGGUCUCAUGUAAUGAGGAAGGGUAGGAUUUGUAUAAAACCAGAGGAUGGUUUCUGGGCCAUCAGGUUUUAUAAGGAUGAGUACUGGGCACUCACCUCUCCAGAAACACAACUUACUUUAAAGGAGCACCCUGCCACAGUAUGUAUUUUCCUAGAAUAUGAGGAGGGGCGUAUCUCAUUUUAUAGCAUGACAGAUAAAUCCCACAUUCACACCUUGUCUCAAGGAUCCUUUGAUGGGCCCUUAAGGCCAUUUUUCAGACUUUGGUCCAGUGAUUCAGGGCAUUUGACCAUCUGUCCAGUGUCUGAAGCAGCACAGGUGCCCCAUACUAGGAGCACAGUUUAAGCUGUGGGUCAGUGUGUAUUGAUGCAUCGGAUCAUGACACGAAUUCUCCUAUACCAGAAGCAAGUUACUUUUUCUUAUUCAUUUUUAUGCUUCUCCCUAUUAUUUUAUCUCCUUCAUAAACAGCUCCCCCAAAGCAUGGUGCAGGGUGAAAAACUGUGUUGCAUGUGGUAUGUUUAAUGAAAUAUAUAAACAUAGACAUAUAUGUAUAGACAUACUCUCAUUUAAUGUAAUCGUAUUAUCAUUAUAAAUAUACACAAGGAACUAGUGCAUGUGAUCACCCAUACAGUGUUAUAAUUUCUUUAAUAUUACAAACUUAAAGUGACAAAGGUAGGAAUAAGGGAAGAAUAACUUUUUGUUUUAUACUCUUUUGUACCUUUGGGUUUUGUACUACAUUUAGAAAGUGAUAUGGAGAAAAAUAAAAUUAAAAGUUUCAAAUAAAAAAUAAUUCAAUUGUU